GUCCACAUUUUGCCUCAAAUCAUCUUGUCCUCCCAGGGGGAAGGAAAUGGCUGCAGUGGAGCUGGCUCAGGGGCCGGUGACCUUCGAGGAGGUGGCUGUGUAUUUUACCAGGGGAGAGGGGGCUCUGCUGGACCCCACUCAGAGAGCCCUCUACAGGGACGUCAUGCAGGAGAACUAUGAGACGGUGGUCUUGCUGGGGUUUCCAAUUUCCAAACCUGAUGUGAUCUCGCAGCUGGAACAAGGGGAGGAGCCAUGGGUCACGGACUUCCAUGGCUCUGAGAAAGAAGUGUUCCUGAGAGCUGCCUACACAGGUAGUGACCUAUGUCUGGAUUCUCUCCGUUUCCCAUCACGUGAUAGGAUGAUGAGUGAGAAUGAGGAGAAACCCCAUCAGGAAGAUGCUGAGCAAGUAGAACCACAUGGAACAUUUUCAGGAAGAUCCAAAGGGAAUGUUUCCAGGAGUUGCGCACUUCCAGAAAAAGCGAAAGCCUGUGAGACUCAGGAGUGGCUAGAGGAAAACUUCAGUAGCCUCUCAGACCUUAUCACAAGUGAGAGAAUCAACUUGGAAGAGACACGCUACAGAUGCCAUGAGUGCGGGAACAGCUUCAGUCGGAGCUCAAACCUUAUCACACAUCAGACAAUCCACACAGGGGAAAUGCCCUACACAUGCUCUGAGUGUGGGAAAAGCUUCAAUCAGCGCUCAAACCUUAUCACACAUCGGAGAAUCCGCACAGGAGAGAAGCCUUACAGAUGCUCUGAGUGCGGGAAAAGCUUCAGUCGGAACUCAGACUGUGUCAGACAUCAGAGAAUCCACACGAGAGAGAAGCCCUACACAUGCUCUGAGUGUGGGAAAAGCUUCAGUCGGCGAUCAGACCUGAUCACACAUCAGAAAAUCCACACAGAUGAGACACUCUACACAUGCGUUGAGUGUGGGAAAUUCUUCAGUCAGAGCUCAAACCUUAUCAGACAUCGGAGAAUCCACACACGAGAGACGCCCUACACAUGCUCUGUGUGUGGGAAAAGCUUCAAUCAGAGCUCAAACCUUAUUAGACAUUGGAGAAUACACACAGGAGAGCUGCCCUACACAUGUUCUGAAUGUGGGAAAAGCUUUAAUCGGCGCUCACAGCUUAUCACACAUCAGACAAUCCACACAGGUGAGACACUCUGCACAUGCUCUGAGUGUGGGAAAAACUUCAGUUGGCGCUCACACCUUAUCACACAUCAGACAAUCCACACAGGAGAGAAGCCCUACACAUGCUCUGAGUGCGGGAAAAGCUUCAGUCGGAGCUCAGACCUUAUCACACAUGAGAGAAUUCACACAGGAGAGAAACCCUACACAUGCGCCAGCUGUGGUAAAAACUUCAAUCGGCGCUCAAACCUUAUCACACAUCAGAGAAUCCACACAGGAGAGAAGCCCUACACAUGCUCCAAGUGUGGUAAAAACUUCAAUCGGCGCUCACACCUUAUGAAACAUCAGAGAAUCCACACAAGAGAGAAGUCCUUCACAUGCUCUGUGUGCAGGAACAGCUUCAGUCAGCGCUCUGACCUUAUCACACAUCAGACAAUCCACACAGGUGAGACAAUCUACACAUGUGCUGAGUGUGGGAAAAACUUCAGUCGGCGUGCACACUUUAUCAGACAUCAGAGAAUCCACACAGGAGAGAAGCCCUACACAUGCUCCAAGUGUGGUAAAAACUUCAAUCAGCACUCACACCUUAUCACACAUCAGAGAAUCCACGCAGGAGAGAAACCCUACACAUGUUAUGAGUGUGGGAAAAGCUUCAGUGAUGGCUCGGGCCUUAUUAGACAUCAGAAAAUCCACAUCAGAGAGAAUUGUAAUAGAUCCCUUGAGUAGGACUGGCCAAAGAUUUUUGUUUUUUAAUCACAUUUGACAAUUCCACAAAGUGAUUUUUGUGUCAUCUUCACCGUGGCUCCUGAGCUUCACCAGAUCAAUUGCCUGCUUCUGCCUUUUGCAAUUCACUCUUCUUUGGGGUCAGUCCUGUGAUCUUUUCUAUCAACUCCUUUCCUUUUGAGUCAUAGGAGUGUGUGUCCCUCCUGCCAGGAAUGUUCAUCGCCUCCAGGUGGGAGAGAGGUCUGAUCCCCACAAGCUACACUGAGACAAAAACUACCUGUGCCUUCUAUCCACCAGGGCUGUACAUGGUGUUGGCUGCUCAAGUUAGUGAUCUUGGUGUAAAAAGACAAUUACAGUUGUAGAGCAGAUGCAGCCCAGGUGCAGUAAUUGGCAUUGCUUUUCCCUUGACUUGACCUACACUCCAUCACUUUUCCUAGUCUAAACAAACCCUGAGCAUCAUGGUUAUACUGUUCCCCCGUUUCAAACCAAUUGUUAGUCAUCAAGUUCCCUCUUGGGGAAGAAAUUGUUUCAUACUCAGUUGCUCUGAUGUUGUGUUGGAAAGCAGAUAUUUUUAAUACAAUUUUCCUCAUUUAAAAUAUAUUGAACUAUAACAAAGAGCAGGAACAGGGCAGGGAUAGGGAAAAAUGUCGUUGCACUUGCAGUAACAGCAGAAGUGUUUAGCGUAAAUUAGCGGGAUUCUCUUAUUCCCCAUCACCAUCCCAAUCCCCCCUGUUCUUCUUCGAGUGAUUGCUCAUAUCCAUUCCAGUUAGGUGUGCGCGCCGUGCGUGCACGCUCGUUGGAAGAUUUUUACCCUAGCAACUUCGGUGGGUCGGCAGGUCACCCCUUGGAGUGGCGCUGCCAUGGCACUGGAUAUAUUCCCCUGCUGACCCAUCCGCUCCUCAGUUCCUUCUUACCACCCAUGUCGGUCGUUGGAACAGUGGAGCGCGGCUUAGCUGUCCUCAGCUUCCCUAGUUUCUCUUCAUUCACCUGAUCUCUUGUUGUGUAUAGUUGACUUAGUCCAUAGUAUAAUUAGUUUUAUAGUUUAUAGUUGUUAGUUAGUUGUUGUGCAUAGUUUAGCGGGGUUUGGGCGCUAGCCCUUCCCCACACCCGAUGCCUGGGCCCAUGCCCGGUUCACCCAGGGUUUAAACCAUGCUCGGCCUGUAAAAAGCCGAUGCCCACAAGCGAUCCCCACGACUCUUGCCUAAAGUGCCUCGGGGAAUUGCACAUCUCCGACAAGUGCCGCAUUUGCAAGACCUUUAAGCCGCAGACUAAAAAGGAGAGGGACUUUCAAUUAAAGACUCUCCUUAUGGAGGCAGCCCUUAACCCUCUGUCCUUGGCACUGAGCACUGACAGCGCUCCUCCGGCACCGGACCGCUCCGGCUCUGCCAAGACGCCUUGGCACCGGCCUUCUCCAGCACAGGGACCUGACCGAAGGCCUUCAACUUCCUCCACACCUUCGGUGCAGACUCAUCUGGAUUGCCCGGCACCUACCCCUGCCGCGGCACCGACGACCGUGGUACCGUCGACUCCGGUCCUGAGAGGGCCGUCGAGUCCGGUUCAGGAGAGCUCCCUGGUGAGACCCGUGGUCGAGCUGACGGUCCCCUCCAUGCCGGAGACGUUCUCCUCGGCCAGGGACCUUAUUGUGAUGACUGAAUCUGCCCUGCCUCACCCCCCCCGGAACCGCCGGUGUGGGUUCUCCCUUCCAGAGGCAAGCCUGCCGCUAUGAGGCCUCCUUCGCUGGAGUCGACGAGCUGGCACUGGUCCCGAUCCAGGUCCCGGCACCGCUCAAGGUCUUGUGGUCGGUCCCAAUCUUGAUGCCACUUGCAGUCCCGGCACCGCUCACCCAGGCGGCACCGGUCGUAUUCACGGCACAGAUCCACCUCUCGUCCUGGUCGGUACUCUCAAUACCACUCCAGCUCUAGGCACCGCUUCCGGCACCAAGACUCUCGCAGCCAGUCCCAUCGCAGACGCUCAAGAUCCAGGUCAACAUCCUGGCACCGCGCUGGUUGCAGGUCCCGGUCUCGGUCUCAGCACCGAUACGAUUCCCGGUACCGAAACUCGGCACCGAGGAGAUCUCUAAUGACGGGAGUGAGCGACUCAUACAAGCCUCGUUCGGCUCCUCCAUGGCCGUCCCGACAGCCAUCCCUGUCAUCUCAGGCAGACAGUGUAUACGCCCCGGACACCGACGUGCCUGCUGCCUUGUUCAGCGAGCCCCAGCCUCAAGAUCAUGGUCUGCAGCAGUGGGGAUUCUGGACGCCCUGGGCGUACCAUCAGGCCCAAGGCCCUCUCCCAGGUCCACCGCGCUCGACGGCCUCGGAACACAGGGCACCAGAGGCCAUGAUUACCUGCCUUCCCCCUCCUACUAUGGAGGAAGGGUUGACCCAGCCUCAGGACUCCGAGCUCCCCAGGGAGAUGGACACGAUGCUUCAGGCGGAGCCCUCAUCAGAUCCACUCAUUCCAGGUCUCUCCUCUUCAUCCUCCCCGAUGAGGCUGUAGCUGGAACUUCGUCAGCCAGCCCUCCUCCAAUUGACCUCAGGGCCCACCAGGGCCUCCUCAGGCGUUUUUGCACAGAACAUGAACUUACAACCGAGGAGGUCCCAGAGGUCCAAGACCCAGUGGUGGACAUAUUGUCAUCCGAUGCACCCACUAGAAUGGCCCUCCCAUUUAUCAAGACCAUACAGGCCAAUGCCACUACAAUGUGGCAGUCUCUGGCCUCUGUUCCCCCCCGCUGCGCGAGGAGUAGAGUGCCAAUACAUGGUGCCCUCAAAGGGCUAUGAAUAUCUAUAUGUACAUCCUCCUCCUUGCUCCCUCGUCGUCUAGUUGGUUAACGAGAGGGAGCGCCAUGGCCAGCGGGCCCCAGCCCCUAAAUCAAAGGAUGCGAGGCAUAUGGACUUGCUAGGGUAUAAAGUUUACUCUGCGGGAGCCCUCCAGCUCCAUGUGUCCAACCUGCAAGCCUUCCUUAGCCGCUAUAGCUACAACACCUGGGCAGCGGUGGACAAAUUUAAGGAGCUGCUUCCACAGGACGCACAGCAGGAGUUCUCGGCGAUCCUCGACGAGGGGAAAAAGGUCACGAGAACUUCCCUCCAAGCUUCCCUGGACGCCGCGGACUCAUCCGCCAGGACUCCAGCCUCUGGCAUGACUAUGGCCCAUAUCUCGUGGCUGCAGGUCUCCAGCCUCCCCCUAGAGCUCCAGCACA